CAGCUGAUUGGCCCAUAUGUCUUGGUUAAGCCCAAACAUUAGAACAACAUCAAUCUCCGUCUAGGGUUUCCUUACACUUCCCCUCAAAACGUGCAUUUCUGCUUCUCAGAAGACUUUGAACUUCCCCUUUGCCAAAAUGCCGUCGCACAAAACGUUGAGGAUAAAGAAGAAGCUGGCGAAGAAGCAGAGACAGAAUCGACCUAUUCCUUAUUGGAUCCGGAUGCGUACCGAUAACACAAUCAGGUACAAUGCGAAGCGCAGGCAUUGGCGCCGCACUAAGCUAGGGUUUUAAGGUCCGCUUGACUUUUAAUCAGAAGGUGUUUGGGAGUAAACAGAACAAGAGUUGCAAUAUUUGUUGGUUUGCUGCUUUAGUUUCCAAUUGUAUUGUAAAACUCUAGUGAAUUAAAUUUUGGAUAUGUUUCUUUGAGAAUCUUAUGAAUUAUUUUGAAAAAUUUGAAGGAUUGUUUGUGUUUUUCGAUUCC